GGUGCAUGCAAAAACGGAGGUGAAUGGGAGCUUGUUUACUUCAGGUGCUGGGGAGGGGGGGAGGGUCGCGCUCCACCUCACCCUCCCUACAGCCUACAACCGUCGAGAUCACCGGUGCUGCAUGGCCCUGCUGCGGUGAUAAGCGCCACUGUACGGCCACACGCCCCACACGGUGGCCAUUAUAAAGCGAUCGAGAAGGCCAUUAGGCCAGUUCAGGCUGGUCAGCGCUUCACACGUCGGUGAUUGUCAUGCAGGGCAGGCCAUGCACACGAGGCUCACCGGAUGCUUACUUCAUCGCCAUAACAACGACUUUCUCGCCACCCAGUGCCGCGUCGCCGCCCUGCUGUCCCUCUGUGGUGCCGUGCUGCACCCCGGCCCACCCAGGCACCGAGCCCCGCGUGAAGCUGUCCUCAGCGGCUACUGUGCAUGCGGUGCUCUAGUCUAUAGGCCUCGUGAAAGUGUGCCACACUCAGUGGGAAAAUGUUCUAAAUCAAUAUUCAGAUGGAACUCUGGUGCUAAGUAACAACCACAUGUGGUGCUGCAAGACACACUGAAGAAAAAUACAUCAGAUGGUGGUUACACAGGUAGACAGGUUAUCUGUGGUGCUUCCAAAGAGACACUGACCUUCUCACCUCAGUGACCAGUGGUGACCCAGCAGCCAUGUCUUCCGUGGCUGGCACGAGCCUCUACUCUGGGUACCCCAUGCGGCUCAGCCGCAGGCCCUCCCUCACCUCAUCCUACUUCCCGCCGGUCAUGGAGAAAAUCUAUGGCUUUGUCAGACCCUCAUCUGCUAUGGUCAAUUCCACUAUCGUGGCCUUCGUAGCAACCAUCUUCUUUGUAAUUUCUUUCACCAGCCCGUACUGGCUCCAGUCAUACUCCUACACCUACAGCGACUUCAACAACAUGGGGCUGUGGGAGUUUUGCUUCAAUGGUUUUCGGUAUCCCAAAUAUCAGUAUGACCACAAAUUUAUGGGCUGUAACUAUAUCUUCUCAGAGGAAUACAGAAUCAUAUGGUCAUGGAUGUUACCUGCUUGGUUCAUGGCAGUGCAAACAUUUAUGACCAUCGCCCUCCUGGCCAGCAUGACCACUCUAGUGGCAGCGAGCCUCGUCCUGGUGAGGUGGCCGAUGCAAAUGAUCAUGCGUUAUGAGUGGCACAUCAUUGGCUUCUGUUUCAUAUGUCAAGCAGCCACAGUGGUGGCAAUAUUCUUUGCUGUGUUGGUGUUUGGACUGAUGUGUUGGUCUCGAGAUUGGCUCCUCAACCCGAACUUCAACUACUUGUCUUGGUCAUACGCCCUUGCUGUGCUGUCUGGAGGGCUUCAUGCCUUCUCUGGCUUAGCUUACCUUCAUGAAUCAUUCGAAGCCAAAGAGCGGAAACGUCAAGCAUCCAACCUCAUAGAGAUUGAGCCACAGGAGCAAAUGGGAAUGGGGAUGGGGAUGGGGAUGGUCAGCCAGGGGUACAUUUGAAGUGGGCUCAAAAUCAGCUGACCCCUUUGCAGCUGUAAGUGGUAACUUUUUUAAUAGAGUGCUACAUUUGCCAUGUGUGUUUCAGUGUCUGAAUUUUAUCAGGAGACUAAAGUUUUACCUGGAGUAUUAUCUAUAGUAUACAUAAUGUGGUCUACAACAGGCAAUGAUUGUCGGAUUUGUAUACGAUACUUUGACAUUCUCUUAAUUUUUAUAACUGUUAGAAUACCAUGCCAACUUAAUUAUCAAAGCCAAGCGGAAAUGAUACAGAGCAUAGUCUUCAUGUAGAAAAAAAAAGACGUAUGGCUUGUUGCUCACAAUUUGUAUGCGCUGUACAAAACAUUAAUGUUAAGAUGUACAAGAACUUAUCAGUUUACUUUAUAGGUCUUGGUAUGAUAAACAGGUCAUCAUCCAGCAAAGGAGUCGGUGGUACAGGGUCCAGGGUUUGUAAACAGCAAAGCUUCAGAUAUACAGUCAUUAAUCUGGCCCCUGGUUAAGCUGACCCUCUCACAGCAGCACUACUGUACUUUAUCUUUUGUUUUUUUGGCAUGUGAAAUGUUUAACCCGGUAGCAGCGAUGGGCCAAAUUUGUGGCUUUACCGUGUACCAGCAACAGGCCAAAUUUUUGCGUUGAUAUAUAUAUUGUAUAAUAAUUUGCGUGAGUGAUGUUUUUUCUCUUUAAUUCACUUAGAGGGGCCUUUAACCCGAGAACAUCGGCAGACCCUUUUCAGGGCUUUCACGAGUCGUGGCUGUGGUACGGUGGCUCGCCAUAAAACACCUAAUUCGAGCUAAUUGUAGGUGGUGGUGGCAUAGUGUAACCUACCAUGAAUGCCCUAGGUCAUUGUGGUGGAUGAGUGAUCAUGAGGUGGGCUUUUUUGUCAUACGUGGUGUUGUAAGGUCAUGGCAUACUGAAUUAGCUACCCGUACAGUAAUCACUUGUCAAAUUCUCUAUAGUAGACAAGAAGCGACUCUCGGCUAGAUGCCACGCGUCACGAGACUGUUUAUUUUGUAACAAACACCACCCAAAAAGAAUGAAGUUUGAGUAAAAGUAAAUAUUUUUAACAGCUUUAUGGUUAUGAGAGGAAUACUCUGAUGUACAUAAGUUCCAUGCUCUUUUCUUAGUCUCAAAAUGCAGUGUAAUUUUGUCAUUUCUCGGCCACAUCUCGGCUUUCCCAUAGCCGAAGCCCACGGGUUAAGAAACAUGAUCCCUGCAGCUACCGGGUUAAUGUUGAGGCUGCCUUAAGUAUGUCGUUAUUUUUUCAUAAAUCAAGAAACUGUUUGCUUGAUUUGUCACCUCUUCAGAAUUUACCAAGUUAUACCCAUUAACUGAGUGUUUAUUAUAUAUAUAAACCCCCCUCCUUACACUCACAUGCAGUUUAUACAAAGUGCCUAACCUAUAUAUCUUAAAAGUAAUGUUUGUGCAGAAAUAUAACCUCUGUUCUAUUGUUAUAAGCACAUUUGUUUCCGUCCAUUUUCCGUCCAUUGACGAGCAGCGUGGCUCUGAAUAACUGUGCCGUCCAAACAGCUUUUUGAUUAAUAUUUUGAACAUGUGUGCCUCAUGUUGUGUAUAUAUGUUGUUUUAAGGUCACACAAAGAGUAGGACUUAUACAAAAUAGUAUUUGAUAUUUUAUAUGAAUAAUGUUCGUCAUAUUUUAUUGAAGUAAAUUUAUAGUAUUUUCUAUUGAAAUUUUAAAAAUUUGCAUCCAUGAAUUAAUGGUUGACCUCAGAGUUUUUAGUCUACAAGCUUUGUGUCCUAUGAAUGUAUCUUUAAUGGUACAAGCCUUAGAUAGUGCCUGAACUAAAUGUAUACAGGAUGCCACAAAUACCUAAGAGUACUAUUUAUUUGGAACAUGUAUAUGCCAGACAGCAUACUAUUAACAUGGUGCCUACCUCUGCAAUUCUGGUCUCUAAGCAUAUAUGACCUUGUAUGUCAUCACAUCCUCUGCUUUCCUAAUGUAAGUGACAGCUUACUAUUGGUUCAUCAAUAUAAAUUCUGUACUUGCUACUUCAUUUAUAUACUUCCAGUUGAACCUUAGUAGCUUGGCCAUUCUAAAUUUUCCAUCAGCAUUGAAAUGAGAUUUUUUACAGUGAAAGGAAAAAAAAAAAUUGCAAAAUCUUAUGCUAGGAAUAUGCAGCUUGCUGGCAGAGCAUGAUGCGGAAGUAGAGGAAUUUAUAUAAAUUCUGAUAGUCUUUGUCAGAGAAAAAUAAGGAUUAACUUGGACCAGGUCUUGUUUGUGACAUUAGAGUGUGAAUAAAUCUUUAAAAUGCUGGUCUGGUACCUAAAUUUGUUGAAUGCUGACUAGCAUUUAUAUUUCUGAUAUUUAUAAGGAUAAGUGAAGUGUAUGUAUAUUUUCUGUAGAGGCAGUGUUAGGAUGAAAACAACUGACCUUUCAUAUCUGUGGACAUGAACCCAAUGACACUUUGUAUCAUUUGUGUAUAUAUUAUGACUGCUAUGAUCAAAAUCUCCAUGUUUCAAGAGAAAAAAGUAUCAUAGGAACUAUGCAAUGAUAAAUGAGACAAGAAGUGUAUGAUGUUGUCCUACUACUGAAGCAAGAUUAGCCCAGCAAAUGUAAAAACUGCAGACUUCCAAGCUUUGCCAGUUUAAUGAUUAAUACAUCCAGCAAGAGAAGCCUUGUGGACACCAGGCAUGUACAGAGUACAAGAGUGUAAUGUGAGGAUGAAGGAACUAAUACUGCCAGUGAACUUCAUUGGCUUCAGGAGCUCCUUGUUGUGAUGCUUGUAGUGUUGAAUUCUUUUAUUAAUACCAGUUAAGAGUUAAGAAUCUUUUACCUGGUGUUCAUAGGAAAUUGGGUACAUGAUCGUGACGUGAUCGUUGGUGUCUGCAGUAAUUUAACUAUUUUAGACAAUUUUGUUUAACUGUAUAGAUUUUAAGAUGUUUUCAUUAAAAUGUUUACUAUUAA